CGUGUAUGUGUCUAGAUUCACUGCUCCGGACAAUGUGUGUUAGUUUAUUUAGGUUUAUGUCAGCAUGGAUUGCUUGUGUACCAGUCAUUGGGGCAGUUAAAAAACCAAGCUAACCAGCUACUGCACACCGGGAAAUUCAGCAGUGAAGGCAUGGCAAAUGUAUUCAGCUCUCUACUCAUCUGCUCCUAUAAGGGAUGCCAAAUAUUGCUCAAUUCACAGCACUACAAGCAUAUGUUUAACCCAAGAGGGACACAAAACUACCGCAUUCUGCUUCUUCAGCCUAUGAAAACCACUGAUGUCUGGAAAGGGGGACUGCCUCAAGGUUUUUGCAUAUUGACUUCAUUUUGCUGGAAGGAGGUGGGGCAGAGAGAGGAACUAUCCUAAAAGCCUCAUCUGUUUAUGAUGGGCACCUCGUCACUGGAAGCCAUGGAGGACCUAAACUCGGUGACUGCUUUGAAGCGCAAAGUUCGACAGAAGAGAAAAACUAGUGAGAUUAUCCAGAGGCAGUUGCAGCAAAACUUCUCCUGCUCAGUACCUAGAGUGAAGAGCACUCUAACGGGUCUCUUCCCUGUAGUGCAGUGGCUUCCAAAGUACAAGGUAAAGGAAUACAUAUGGGGCGAUUUGAUGUCUGGGCUCAUAGUUGGCAUCAUAUUGAUACCACAAGCCAUUGCUUACUGUCUGCUGGCUGGCUUGGAUCCUAUCUAUGGCUUGUACACAUCAUUUUUUUCAAACAUCAUAUACUUUUUUAUGGGGACAUCAAGACAUGUAUCGGUGGGUAUAUUCAGCCUCAUGAGUCUUAUGGUUGGACAAGUUGUGGACCGAGAGGUCUAUCUAGCAGGUUUUGAUAUGAACGAAGACACAAAGCAAAAUGCAUUUGAUGUUGGGUUAAAUGGCACUGGAGAAACCAACACCACAGGAGUCAACUUGAAGAUCACGGCAUUGACUAUGGAAUGUGGAAAGGAGUGCUAUGCCAUUAGCAUUGCUACAGCUUUAACAUUACUCGCUGGGGUCUACCAGGUACUGAUGGCCGUGCUUAGGCUAGGUUUCGUCUCAGUUUAUCUCUCUGCUCCUAUGCUUGAUGGCUUUGCCACUGGUGCAUCAUGCACAAUUCUCACUGUCCAGGCUAAGUACUUACUUGGCCUGAAGUUCCCUCGCCACCAAGGCUAUGGCACUGUUGUGGUCACUUGGAUCAACAUCUUCAAAAACAUUCAAAAGACAAACUUUUGUGAUUUGAUAACAAGUGCCAUUUGCAUCACAGUACUGGUUGCAGGAAAGGAGCUCCAGGAUCGGUAUAAGGAUCGUUUAAAGAUACCACUGCCCACAGAACUGGUGGUAGUGGGAGUUGCCACUAUAGUUUCCCACUUUGUUGAUCUAAAUGGACAAUUUAGCUCUAGUAUCUCAGGUGCCAUUCCAACUGGUUUCAUUCCCCCAAAGGUGCCCAGCAUUGAACUGAUGACCAGGGUAGCAUUUGAUGCCAUUCCAUUAGCUGUCAUCAGUUUUGCAUUUACCAUUUCCCUGUCAGAGAUGUACGCUAAAAAGAAUGGUUACACAGUUAGGCCCAACCAGGAAAUGAUAGCAAUUGGGUUCUGCAAUAUAAUUCCAUCUUUUUUCCAUUCUUUCACUACAAGUGCUGCUCUUGCCAAAACAAUGGUGAAAGACUCAACAGGUUGCCAGACUCAGGUCUCCAGUAUAGUGAGUGCCUUAGUGGUUCUUUUGGUCCUCCUCUUUUUUGCACCAUUUUUCUACGCACUGCAGAAAUGUGUCCUUGCCUGCAUUAUCAUUGUCAGUCUACGGGGCGCCCUGCGUAAAUUUCGAGAUGUACCUAAGCAAUGGCGUGCGAGUAAGAUUGAAGCAGUUGUCUGGAUGGUUACCAUGAGCUCAUCUGCUCUAAUUAGCGUGGAGCUUGGACUGCUGAUUGGGGUGGUCUUCUCCAUGAUUUGUAUAGUGGUCCAAACUCAAAAUCCUAAGGUUGCACUACUGGGACAAAUUGAACAAACCAAUGACUAUGAGGACAUGGAAGAAUAUGAUAAUCUUUUGCCGGUUCCAAAAGUGAAGAUCUACCGUUUUCAGGCCCUUCUCUUCUAUGCGAAUAAAGACUUCUUUCUAAAAUCAUUAUACAAAGCAAUUGAUCUUGAGCCAUUCCUUGAAAUAACCCGCAGAAGAAAGCUGGAGAAAAAAGCAAGAGAAAAAGCUAAAAAGAAGACCAAUGGACUGGAGCAAACAAAUGGAGAUGUUAGUAUAAACUUGAUUUCAAAAGAGAUUGAUUUUCAUACAAUCAUCUUGGACUGCUCCUCCAUCUCCUUAAUAGACACAACAGGAGUGAGCACCCUUAAAAUGGUAUUAAAAGACUAUAAGGAAGUGGGUGUGAGUGUAAUUCUAGCAUGUUGCAACACAACAGUAAUAGAUUCUUUAAGGAGAGGUUCUUUCUUUGGGGCUGGUGACAAAGACAUAGAAAGGCUGUCAUUCCAUAACAUCCACAGUGCUGUUUGUUUUGCUACUGGUAUGGCACAACCAGUUAAUGACUCAUCUGUGUAAUGUGUCCACAAAUGGGAAUUAACAGUAAAAAAUAUUUUCAUUAAAAACAUGAAGAUAAACCUAUGUAAUUCCUAAAACAUCCAAUCUGAGAAAAUGUCCUCAUGUUAAAAGAGUUUCACAGUAAAAAGUUAAAAUGUUGUUACUUGAGCUAAAUGAGGUAUUUCUACCUGACUUGACCCUUAAAAUGACUUUUGUUGAUGUAACCUAAGGCAGUCAUCGAUUGUCAGUUGAGUAAUAUAUCUGACUUGAAUAAAAUAUGAAGCAAAUUUUUAGGUUUUUUCAUUUUUUAGGUGAAAAAACUGCAUUUAUGGCUCAAAUUAAAUCUCUGUGAUGAAACAGGCCAAUAACAACAUCUGUGUCUUCUUAACUGUUUUUAAUGACAAAUGAAAUAUAAUAAUUUUCAAUUCUUUGGAAAAUAUACUGUUUAUAAUGUGACAGAUCUCUUUAGUAUUAUGAGUGAUUUUGAUGAAUUACUUGUAACAUGUACAUGGUUUUGAUGUACAGUUUUUUAUUGUAUCUUUCUCUCCUGUUAGUGAUAAUUGCAGUUACAAACACACAGGACAAUGAGAAGGCAAUACGGGUCUGUGAUUUUAUGUUGCCUGGUAUUUUAAAUGUCUGUUUUAAAUGUCAUCUUAGGGAAAUAAAAGAGACUGUGAGGGACAAAUUUCAUCUGAAGAUGUAAUUACAUUUUAAAUCAGCAUCAAUAGCUGGAAUUUGUAGAUUUAUAUACAUAUUAAUAUUGUAAACGAACAACUGACCCUGUCUUUGCCUUGAAACAUGCAAAAAUAUUAAAUGUGUAGACCGAGUACUGUUGUAAGGGAGUACACUUGAAACACUGUAAAUAUUUUCCUUCUAAUGCAAGUAUGAAUUCUCAUUUUCUCAAUGAGACAUUAUUAGAGAACAUCAUUUUUGGGGGGGCCAGUUUUUUUUUUUUUUCUUACCCCUCUUUCAUUGUGAAUAAAUCAU